AUGGAGUGUGAAAACCAAACUGUUUUGCCUGAGUUUGUCCUCUUGGGCAUUCCGUACCCUCAACAGCUCCAGGUCCCCUUGUUUAUCUUCUUCCUGCUCAUAUAUCUACUGACCAUCAUUGGAAACGUCUUGGUCCUCUUGACAGUGGUCACCAAAUCUGAUCUGCACAAACCCAUGUACUGGUUUCUCUGCCAUUUAUCUGCCCUGGACAUUGCCAUGUCCACUGUGAUAGUACCCAAAGUGAUUACCGGGUUUGUAGAAGAUGGUGGGAUCAUCUCCUUUGGAGGCUGCAUGACUCAGCUCUUCUUCUACCACUUCUUAGGCUGCUCUGAGUUCUUCCUCUACACUGUUAUGGCCUAUGACCGCUUCCUGGCCAUCUGCAGACCUCUUCAUUACAACACCAUCAUGAAGCCCAGGGUGUGUCUCUGCCUCUCAUUGGGCGCAUGGCUUGGUGGAUGUCUUCACUCUGUGAUGGAAACAACACUUACCUUUGGCUUGUCCUAUGGCCUGAGAAAUGAGAUCAACUUCAUCUUCUGUGAUAUCCCAGCCAUGUUGCAACUGGCUUGUGCAGACACAACCUUCAACAAGUUGUUCACUUUGGUUGAUAUUGGUCUAGUGGCCAUAGCAUGCAUCUUCUUGAUUCUCAUGUCUUAUGUAUACAUUGUCUCUGCCAUUCUGAGGAUCCGCUCAGCCGAAGGACGACAGCGGGCGUUCUCCACUUGUGCCGCCCACAUGACUGUGGUGAUAUUUUGCUAUGUACCUCUAGCUUUCAAUUAUCUGAGGCCAGGGGUUCAGGAUCUCCUAAGUGGGAUAAUAGCUGUCUUCUACACCACAGUAACGCCAUUUCUAAACCCCCUCAUAUAUACGUUAAGGAACAAGGAGAUGAAAGCGGCUAUGUUUAAACCAAGGAGCAGAAAACUAUAG